CAAACAAAAACCACCCUUGUCGAUUUCGCCUAAUACAUUCGAACCCCUGACACCACCUCUACCACAAACCGAUAAACGAUCCUCAUUAACAAGGCCGGUAGCUAAUGAUUUUAAAGCACCUUACUCGUAUCCUGAUGACGAGAAAGAGGAUGGUGAGAUUGAUCCAUACUAUGAUGAUCGAAGACAUGAUCGAUAUCGACAUCAACCGAUAAUUUCACGUCCUAGAUCACGAGAAGAUAAUCUGCAUAUAUCCGGUAAUGACAUUAGAGCUCGUUAUGAUAGAUGGCAGAUGCCAAGAAGAGACCUUGAUUACUCAGCACGUCCGCGGGUGAAAGAUGAUUGGUCUCGUGACAGCAACUAUAAACACCCACCGCCGCUGCCGCCUCCCGCCAAUCGAAGUCGAAAUCCGUCAGAACUUAUUUUUAGUCAAAAAAGAAGUCGUAGCAGCAGUGGAACAAGAGAAUCUUCUAAUAAACGUGCUAAAGAUCGAGAAAGGCAUUGUGAAAAUGAGGAUACUCAUCCA